AUGAAACUUUUGGAAAGUGGUCGCUUAGAGGCGCUCAGCCGUGCGCUUUCAAUUCUGAACGGUGAUAGUGCCGUUCAGGGUCGCGUUGAAAGCUACAGUUGCAAAAUGGCUGGAAAUGAGAAAGCUUUUUACAAGCGGUUCACUGCUGAUGGAGAAACUACUCACAACCUUCAGGCACUGUCACCUCCAGAAGGCGUUGCAUACAGUCGCAGCUUGUCAGGUGAUGAAGAUGGUGUCCUCUGCGACACAAUAUCUCGGAAGACAUUGUUCUAUCUGAUCGCCACUUUGAAUGCUGCAUUUCCUGACUACGACUUUUCAAUGGCAAAGAGCAGUGAGUUCAGCGCAGAGCCGUCGUUGAGCUGGGCGCAGGGCGCGGUGGAUGCGGCGCUGUCGGCAGUGGGCGGCGCGCGCUGGCGGCAGCUGCGGCCGGCGCUGUGGGCCGCCAUCGACGACGAGGUGGCGCUCGCCGACUGCCGCAUCUACAGCUACAGCCCGGACCUCGCCAGCGACCCCUUUGGCGAGCCCGGCUGCCUCUGGACUUUCAACUACUUCUUCUACAACAAGAAGCUCAAACGGAUCGUGUUCUUCACCUGCAGAGCGAUGAGCCCUGUGUGCGCAGUGGAUUCCGGCGUGGAUUUCGCUAUGGAUGAAGAUGAAGAGUAUAAUUAA